AAAAAGCAUAGCAAGAAGUUAAAGCUGGCAGUCACUUCUGUUAUAUCAAAUCAGGAGAGAGCUUCACGGGACUCUACUUUGUUUUUCUUUUAAAUUACUUGUUUAAUUUUAUUCAGCAUAUCAAAACAUACAAACAAACACUCCGACACAAAUCAAAACCCGACAAAUCCAUAUCUCAUGUGCUCUGCCCUAAAACAGAGGUCCACAACCAAACCCACCAAUCUUGUCUUUUACCUCCUCUAUAGCUGUAUAGUAUACCUUUUUCUUCUUCAAUUUGUCAUUCUUUUUUUCUUUUUACCUCUCACAAACAUACUUAGAGAAGCAGAGAGACACAUAACACAUUCUUUCACAGUAACCUGUAACCAUGAGCGUCUCUCUGUUAAUCGCCUUCAUUGUUCUAUCACUCUGUAUACACACUUCAACAUCCGAGUUCCUACAGUUUCAGCUAUCCACCAUAUCAGCUGCACCUUCGUUUUUGCCUGAAGCUCCAUCGAGUUUCUCAGCUUCUCCUCCGGCCAUGUCUCCGGAUAUCUCCCCUCUGUUCCCUACUCCAGGUUCGAGCGAGAUGUCUCCUUCCCCAUCAGAAGCUUCAGUAAUGCCGACAAUCCCUUCAAGCCUUAGUCCACCGAACCCGGAUGCUGUCUCUCCUGAUCCUCUGCUCGAAUUUUCUCCAGUUGGGUCCCCUCUCCCUGCUUCAUCCUCUGUUAGUUUGGUCUCAUCACCACUCUCCUCUCUGCUUCUUGUCUUCCUCAUGUCUUUCUGCAGUUUCUAGUAAUCAGAUGGGAAACAAAGGAAGCCCUCUAGACUAUCUUCUACAAACAAAGGAAAAAGAAAAAAGAAAAAAGAAUGUAUUCUUCUUCUUAUCUUACUUACACUCUGUUUCGUUCUGGAUUUUUUCAUGUAAUAUUAUUAGUAUAGCUUUUAAAUUGUUCGAGUGUGAGAUUUGCUCGUAAAGCAAUCUGCAAUUUGGGAUGGUGCAGUUGUUGUACUUUUGUAACAGUGAUAUAUAUGUGUUUGUUUUUGUGCCUUAAAAAGUCAAAAAGAUUGAUUGA